GUCGGCCCGCGCCAUAGCAGGCGCUGCGGGGAGCACGUCGCCCCGCGGUGUGUGGGAGGCAGCCUUCUCGGCCGCCCCUGGCCUUCCACCACCCGGCCGGUCGUCCUAGGUGGUCGGCAGCCUGGUCCCCACUGGAGCCGGUGGGACCACAGACUCGCCCGGUAGCAUCCGUGGGAGGGAGGCGACCCCCCGCCGCGAAGGGUUCCCCUUGCCCCUCAGCAGUGCCCAGGUGCCGGGUCCCUCAGCGUUGGCCAGGGCGUUUCACACCCCUAACGCUGCUCGCUGCUGGUGUGGGCCGUGGUUUCGUUCUUCUGUUAAUAGCUUGCUUCAAGCAAUUUGUGAAAACUGUAAACAUAGGAACAAGAUGGAACAAGGUGCUGCUUUGUGGUGUAAUUGUUAUGCGUCCAGAAGAUCCACUUAAAUUUUUAGAAGAAAAGCUCAGAGAAAUAAUGGAAAAGGGAUUAGAUGCUGUCUUAUGGUAUAUGUGUAUUGAUCUGUCUUUACACCCCAAAUUAAAGAGGAUUUCAGAAACUUACCUGAACACUGUUUUCGGACUAGAUGGUGACCAAUUGAUGACUGAAGAAUUAUGUGCCAAAGCAUGGGACUUUUACAGCAGAAACUUAAUGAAGCUCUAUUUUGGAGGGUGGAUAAAAUAUAAUCUGCUGAAAAAGAACAAAAGAAAAAAAGUAAAGCAGAAGAUGGCUCUAGCAGUAGUCCAUUACAACGUCCAAAUAUUAAGAGUUAUUAUACAGAAGUGGAGCAUGUGGGUGCAGAUUCACAAGGAAAAAAUGACAUUGGCAGUGAAGAGACUGCAACAAAUCUUUAACAAAAUAUAUUUAAAUGCUGUCGUGAAAGCUUGGCAUGCAGAGGCCCACAGUUCUUUGAAAACGAAAGCAUAUUUUGAGAGUUUGGCAAAUGAAAAUCAGAAGGGCUGUUUUGAAUCAAAUGAUCUUACUGUCAGACAUAAAACAUCCCAUUUACCAGAAAAAGCCUUAUUACAGAUCUUCUGUUAUGUAAAUUUAGUUGAUCUGGCAAGAUGUGCUCAAGUUAGCCAAACGUGGAUGCUACUAACUCAGAACAGUUCAUUAUGGAGUGACAUCAAUUUUUCAUCAGUGAAGCAUAAAGUUCAGGACCAAAUAGUAGUAAAUAUUUUGCAGAAGUGGCGUCCAUAUGUAUUACGUUUGAAUCUUCGAGGUUGCUGUUCUCUUCACUGGCCUAGCUUUAAAAGUAUCAGUGAAUGUAAGAAUUUGCAAGACUUAAAUCUGUCUGAAUGCCAGGGAUUAAAUGAUGAAUCGAUGAGACUCAUAUCAGAAGGUUGCAGAUCUCUUCUCUAUUUAAAUCUGUCAUAUACAGGUAUUACUAAUGGAACACUACGACUAUUGUCAAGCAGCUUCCCCAAUUUACAGUAUCUGAGUUUAGCUCACUGCAGAAAAUUCACAGACAAAGGUUUACUGUACCUGAGCUCUGGAAAAGGCUGUCACAGGCUCAUCUAUUUGGACCUUUCAGGUUGCAUUCAGAUUUCAGUUGAUGGCUUCAGAAAUAUUGCCAAUGGCUGCAGUGGGAUUCAAGAUUUGCUAAUCAACAAAAUGCCAACUCUUACAGACAGAUGUAUUCAAGCUCUGGUUGAAAAAUGCCAACAGAUAAUGUCUGUUGUCUUUCUUGACUCUCCACAUCUUUCUGAUACAGCUUUUAAAGCCCUUGCUGAAUGUAAACUUGUCAAGGUCAGCAUUGAAGGGAAUAACCAAAUUACUGAUUUAAGUUUCAAGUUGAUGAGUAAAUGCUGCCCAUACAUCAGGCACAUUCAUAUGGCCGAUUGCCCGAAUAUUACAGAUGCUAGUCUUAAGAUGAUUUCACCAUUGAAGCAUGUUCUUGUACUGAAUGUAGCAGACUGCAUAAGAAUCAGUGAUGGAGGUGUAAGGACAUUUGUACAAGGUUCUUCAGGAGCUAAGCUGAGAGAGCUGAAUUUGACUAAUUGUAUUUGUGUCACUGAUGCUUCUGUCACAGAAAUAGCACAAAGAUGUCAUGAAUUGACCUACCUAAAUCUGCGUCACUGUGAAAAUGUGACUGAUGCUGGAAUUGAAGCUUUGGAAAAUAUGUCAUCAUUGAUAUCCAUUGAUCUCUCUGGAACCAGCAUCUCAGAUAUGGGUUUGAGAUCCCUUGGCCACCAUGGAAAAAUAAAGGAACUUUCUAUAUCAGAAUGCAAAAACAUCAGUGAUACUGGGAUUCAGGAGUUCUGCAAGGGCACAAAAUGCCUGGAACACUGCCAUGUCUCUUACUGCCCUCAGCUGACGGAUGAAGCUGUGAAAACAAUGGCAUUUCACUGCCACAGGCUAACGUCUGUCAAUGUAGCAGGUUGCCCAAAGAUGACUGAUACCUGUAUCCAAUACUUGGCUGCAGCCUGCCAUUAUCUCCACUUCUUGGAUGUCUCGGGUUGCAUUCAUCUUACUGACAAAGCACUGAAAUAUCUUCGGAAAGGUUGUAAACAACUCCAGAUUCUCAAGAUGCUGUAUUGUAGAAAUAUUACCAAACAAGCUGUCUUGAAAUAUACAGCCAAAUUGGAGAAACAAGAACAUAAUGAUGCUGACCCUCCUUCCUGGCUUGGAUAUGACCAGGAUGGCAACAUACUCACCUUCACCAAAAAACACACAUCAGAGCCUGAAUAAACAAAUUCUUCAAAAUGAAAAAUGAAGAAACUGCACAACAUCUACAGUUCAAGGGUUUUUCACUAGAGCAUGAAAAGAACACUGUAUUAUUUUUCUUAAAACUAAUCAUACUUUAAUAAAAGGCCGUCUGUUGAAUUAGUAAGGAAGCAUUGCAAAUCUUUCUUGCAGGAGUGUGUAUGCCUUCAAGCAAGACAGCCGCACUGAAACAUUGCUAACUUUCAGAUGUUGAUUCAAGCUGUCUUCAUCUUUCAAUAAUGAGAAGUUUUUGUAGUCCUGUGCAGAGUAAGUAAUAAAUAAAUCUGUGUGUGUUUGGGGUU